AUGAGAAGAUACUUUGUAGGUGGCAAUUGGAAAUGCAAUAACACCAUAGCUCAAACUUAGAGCUUGAUCAAUACAGUCAUCAACAAACUAGUCUUUGAUAUAAACAAAGUUGGUAAUUUGGCAAACCAUAUUUUGUAGAAGUUGCUGUUGCUCCGAUAUUCUUACAUGUCCCAUGGGUCCAAGCUAAUAUCUAAAAGAAUGUGCAAGUGGCUAUCUAAAACUCAUCAUUGACCAAGAUGGGUGCCUAUACUGGAGAAAUCAGUGUUGAGCAAGUCAAAGAUCUUGGUAUUCCUUGGGUUAUUUUGGGACAUUCUGAAAGAAGACAAUACUACGGAGAAACCAAUGAAAUAGUUGGAAAAAAGACUAGAAUAGCGUUGGAUUACCAAUUAAAUGUUAUGGCAUGCGUUGGUGAAAAAUUAGCUGAAAGAGAAUCUGGUUAGACAACCUAAGUUAUCUAAGCAUAAUUAAAUUCAAUCAAAAGUAAUUCCCAUAUUACAUAAUAUUUUUAGAGGAGUUGACAACUGAACAAUGGGCUAAAGUUGUAGUAGCAUAUGAACCAGUGUGGGCAAUUGGAACAGGAAAAACAGCAUCUCCAGAACAAGCUCAAGAAGUCCAUGCUUUCAUCAGAGGUUGGCUUAAGUCUUAGAUUGGAACACAAGUAAAAUACGAUUAGCAUAAUUAUAGGCUGAAUAAGCUACCAGAAUUAUUUAUGGAGGAUCAGUCACAGAAAAGAAUGCUGCUGAUUUAAUUAAAUAACCAGAUCUUGAUGGAUUUUUGGUUGGAGGUGCUGCCUUAAAGCCAGCCUUUGCAGAUAUAGUUGCUGCUGCUAACAAUGCUAGAUGAAUAUUUUGAGGAUAAUAAUAUAUUAAAAUAUAUCCAAAAUGCUAAUUAAUAUAGAG